GACCUCUGGAAGCAGAGGAGCUGUGAGGGGCGGGAGGAGUUGGGGCCGUCCUAGCAUACGCCUCCUACGGGGUCCUGAUCCGCACGCCGGGCCUCUGAAGCCCAAAGUACGCCCACAAAGGCCAAGCGCCCAGGCUUCGCUGGGCCAGGGGAGAAGCAGGGCGGCUGCUCCCCGCUCCGCAGCAGGCAGCGGGCCAGACGCGGUAGAGGUGGGGGUGGGCGAGGAGGGGCGCUCACGUCACGUGCGCGCGCCGGGACCGCAAUAAAUGCCCGGGAGCUCGGGGGACCGGCGGAAGCGCUCGGCUCCUUAGCUCUGCGCACAGCGGCCUCUCCGAGCGGGAGCGCGAAGUGGCCGCCAGCCUUGGCCUCCCAGCCCGGCUCCUGUCCCCGCCCCUUGCUCCUGCGGAAAGCGCUCGGGGGAGCUCUGGCGCCCACCGUGGCUUAGCCCGGAGGCUCCCUUUCGGCCCGAAUUUCAGGCUCUAACUUUGGAGCGCGUCGCCUGCUGCAGGUCCUGACGGAGCCGCGGAGGCCCAGGCUCGCGGCCACCCUCUGAUCAGCGCCCUCGUCGCUCCAGGACGCGCCGCGCCCCGGUCCUUCCCGACCCGACUCGUGUUUGUGCGGUCGCGUGCACAGGCUGGGGCGGCUGUGGGAGGCCGGACGUGGUGCUCCGCUCCGCGCUCCUGCGGAACUUCACGCUGGAGAGCCAAAAGGAGAGGAAGAACCUGUCUUGGAGAUUUUCCUGGGGAAAUCCUGAGAUCAUUCAUUAUGAAGUGUACCGCGCAGGAGUGGCUCAGAGUAACCACAGUGCUAUUCAUGGCUAGAGCAAUUCCAGCCAUGGUAGUUCCUAAUGCUACUUUAUUGGAGAAACUUUUGGAAAAGUACAUGGAUGAGGAUGGUGAGUGGUGGAUGGCCAAGCAGAGAGGGAAAAGGGCCAUCACGGACAAUGACAUGCAGAGUAUCUUGGACCUUCAUAAUAAAUUACGAAGUCAGGUGUAUCCAACAGCGUCUAAUAUGCAGUAUAUGACAUGGGAUGUAGAGCUGGAAAGAUCUGCAGAAUCCUGGGCUGAAACCUGUUUGUGGGAACAUGGACCUGCAAGUUUGCUUCCAUCAAUUGGACAGAACUUGGGAGCACACUGGGGAAGAUACAGGCCACCAACAUUUCAUGUACAAGCAUGGUAUGAUGAAGUGAGAGACUUCAGCUACCCUUAUGAACAUGAAUGCAACCCAUAUUGUCCAUUCAGAUGUUCUGGUCCUGUGUGUACUCAUUAUACACAGGUGGUGUGGGCAACAAGUAGCAGAAUAGGCUGUGCCAUUAAUUUGUGUCAUAACAUGAACAUCUGGGGACAGAUAUGGCCCAAAGCUGUCUACUUGGUGUGCAAUUACUCCCCAAAGGGAAACUGGUGGGGUCAUGCACCCUAUAAACAUGGACGGCCCUGUUCUGCUUGCCCACCUAGUUUUGGAGGAGGCUGUAGAGAAAAUCUGUGCUACAAAGAAGGAUCAGACAGGUAUUAUCCUCCUCGAGAAGAAGAAACAAAUGAAAUUGAACGGCAGCAGUCACAAGUCCGUGACACCCACGUUCAGACAAGAGCAGAUGAUAGUAACAGAAAUGAAGUGAUAAGCACACAGCAAAUGUCCCAAAUUGUUUCUUGUGAAGUAAGAUUAAGAGAUCAGUGCAAAGGAACAACCUGCAAUAGAUAUGAAUGCCCGGCUGGCUGUUUGGAUAGUAAAGCUAAAGUUAUUGGCAGUGUACACUAUGAAAUGCAAUCCAGCAUCUGUAGAGCUGCAAUUCAUUAUGGCGUAAUAGACAAUGAUGGCGGUUGGGUAGAUAUCACUAGACAAGGAAGAAAACAUUAUUUCAUCAAAUCCAAUAGAAAUGGUAUUCAAACAAUCGGCAAAUAUCAAUCUGCUAAUUCCUUCACAGUCUCUAAAGUAACAGUCCAGGCCGUCACUUGUGAAACAACGGUGGAACAGCUCUGUCCAUUUCAUAAGCCUGCUUCACAUUGCCCAAGAGUCUAUUGUCCUCGUAACUGUAUGCAGGCAAAUCCGCAUUAUGCUCGUGUAAUUGGAACUCGAGUUUAUUCUGAUCUGUCCAGUAUCUGCAGAGCAGCAGUACAUGCUGGAGUGGUUCGAAAUCACGGUGGUUAUGUUGAUGUCAUGCCUGUGGACAAAAGAAAGACUUACACUGCUUCUUUUCAGAAUGGAAUCUUCUCAGAAAGUUUACAGAAUCCUCCAGGAGGAAAGGCAUUCAGAGUAUUUGCUGUUGUGUGAAAUGGAACACUCGGAAGAGGAUCAUAAAGACUAUUCCAAUGCCAUAUUUCUGAAGUUUGUAUAAAAUUGUAACAUUACUGUACAGAAGAUA